AUGAGUUCGGAAGAUAAGACACGCGGUUGCUUGACGAAGGCCCAAACGCUACGGGCCAGCGGCAACUAUAAGGAUGCGGUGACCGCCCUUCAGUCGUUGUCGGAACACGGGGUUCCGUGGGGGCCGAUGUACAUUGCCGCCCUUGACCUACUUGGGGAGCUCUGCUUCAGUCAGGAGCAGGGCGUCACAGUGGAUCGCUUCCUGCCCGCAUUCAGAUGGAACCGCUAUAAACUGCGCGGGUCGCAGCACCUGGAGGAAGGGACCAAACGCAUCGUUGAGAUAACCAUGAAACAUCUCCGAGCGCUCGGCGAGAGGUCACAGGCGAACGCCAAGGCGGCGGAGGAGAACCCCGCGGAGGAGGAUCUGAUCUUUGCCGCCCUCUCGGGGGUGUCGCCGGCGCAGCGGGCAAAGGAACGCUAUCUUGUUCCUGCGGAAAACGCCACACAGUUGGUGGGCAACGAGCUACUCGGCUUCAACGCCAUUGGGCAUUCGAUGAAGAUGCUUCCCAUCUACCUUGACACUGCCACGGAAUUGAUUACGUACUGCCAAAAACGCAACUUAAAGCGAGCUAUUGGACGUAUAGCUGACGCAUUUGUGCGAUUUUUUAAACGGUUCCUGCUUAGCCCCGUCCCGUCGACGGUGGAGGGCGACAACCCGCACCUGAUUGCAACUUACAAGGAAUUGGAGGCAGAUCGGGAAGACUUUUACAAAGCAGGGGCAAUCACAGAGCGUACGGUUCAAGUCUUUUCUCAUCUUCUGCAAACCUUAACCUCCAUGAAUAAUUGGCACGCUGCAUGGUCGACGCUGCAGUGUUUUACGCGUGUCAUGCAUGAGAUCACACAACACCCUGAUCCCUCUAGGGAGUGUCAGAUUCUUGCCAAUUUGGCCAUGGCUGGCGUAUUUUGGAAGUGCUCACACUACGCUUUCCAUGCCCACUGCUUAGGUCUCGCCGCCUUUUUGAUUGAUGACAAAGAAAACGUCGUGGACACGGCCUCCAGGGCAGUUUUGGCAACCCUCUGUGCGCCUAACAUUAACAGGGAAAAAAAGAGCUUUGGACGCGGAUCCGAUUCGAUAUUUGAAAAGAAUGCUCGCAUUGCGCAGCUAUUUGGGCUGCAAUCAGCACCUGCAGGGCUGUCCCUUUGGCAGCGACUGCAACGGAUGGAGGUUCUUCAAAGAGCCCACCCAGAAGUGCAGGCACUGGACAAGUUACUACGCAACGAGUUGGCGGAUGAGAAGGUUGCGAAACAGGCCAUCGAGCAACUCUCUGUGAUUGUUCAGAAAUUCCCUGGCCUUGCAAUGUACGAAAAACCACUGCGGAAGGUUAUCCUUCAGAGGUACCUUGAGUGCAUGGCCGCCCAAACCACCCGUGUGGAGGCGUCUUCGCUCCAAAUAGGGGAGACUCAAGCCUCGGAGGAGGUGUACAUCCAUGAGAUUGAGCCCUACAUUCUGAACGAGUCAGGAAUUUCGGUAGAGAUUGAUCACAAGACAGGGUCGAUCUCGUUCAGUCACACGACGAAAACGAGAGUGCUUGAGGCCUUCACCGCCCUGGCGGAGCGCGUGGAUCGCCAUCCCGCCGCCCCGAGAAGGAAACUUGACAUCCGACCCGAGCAACUCCAGCGGGCCCAUGACCGAAGCAGCAUUUUACACCGUCUGCAGCACAUUUGCGAGGAGACCGCGGAGGCCCGACGACAGCGGGCGAAGGAAAAGGAAGAGGAAGAGCGUGAGAAUUUCAGGCUGGAACGAAUUCAAAAUGAGGAAAAGAAAAAGGAGGCAGCCCGCCUGGCGCAGGAGGCUCGUGGCCUGGCAGAGUACCAAGAGCACAUAAACCAAAAUCGCCGCAAGGUCGCACUGCGCCGCUUGCAGGAAAAGUACAAGGGCUUUGUCGCCCCGGCAACUUUGAUUCAGAAGAAUUCGACAGAGUUUGUCCAGGAGUUGACGGCGCGGUUGACGGAGCACCUGAAAAGGACGACGCAGCAGAAGACGGCAGACGUCACCAAGAUGAACCACUUCGAGCGGGCAUGCAGAGAAAUUGAGAUUCCAAAACGAAAAGCCAUUGAACUCGAGGAAGCGGAGCAGCACAAGGCAGAGCGGGCCGCGGCGCGGGAGAACUUCCUCAUUCAGCACCGUAAAGAGUUUGAGAAACGACAACUGGACAAUGAAAUACUAAAGAAAUUCCUUAAGGAGGCCGCUGUCUUUGCGGAACAAACACAAAUGAAAGGAAAGGCUUCUAAACGCGAUGAACAACAGAUGCUUCUUCAGAAAGAGAAGGAACGGCUGCAAGGGCUGUAG